UAGCAACAUACAUAAAAUAUCUGGUUGUGUUCGCAGUACUUGCCAUUGGAGCAAGAGCAAUUAUUGGUGCUGUAUUACUAGUUGCAUUUCUCUUCUAUAAGUGCCAACGAAGGCAUUUGUCGAUAUAUGAUGCUAUAGAAGAGUUUCUCCAAAGUCGCAAUAACUUGAUCCCCAUCAGAUACUCCUAUAAACAAAUCAAGAAGAUGACCAACAACUUCAAAGAAAAGUUAGGAGAAGGUGGUUAUGGUUGUGUAUACAAAGGAAAAUUGCGGAGUGGCAAACUAGUAGCAAUCAAGAUGUUGAGCAAGUCCAAAGCUAAUGGCCAAGACUUUAUCAAUGAGGUUGCAGCUCUUGGAAGAAUUCACCACGUUAAUGUGGUGCGAUUAGUGGGGUUUUGUGUAACUGCCUCAAAGCAUGCACUUGUCUACGAUUACAUGCCUAAUGGAUCCCUAGAAAAGUUCAUUUUCUCCGAACGUCUAGAUGGAAAUCCAUUAAGUUGGAAGAAGGCAACCGAGAUCGCCAUGGGUGUAGCUCGAGGGAUUGAAUACUUGCAUCAAGGCUGCAGCAUGCAAAUUUUGCAUUUUGACAUAAAGCCACACAACAUCUUACUUGAUGAGAAUUUCACGCCAAAGGUUUCUGACUUUGGACUAGCUAAAUUACAUCCUGUUCAAAAUAAUACUGUAAGUCUAACUGCUGUGAGAGGAACAUUAGGAUACAUGGCUCCAGAAUUGUUCUACAAAAGGGUUGGAAAAGUCUCAUCCAAGGCUGAUGUAUAUAGCUUCGGAAUGCUACUUAUGGAGUUGGUAGGAAGGAGGAGAAACCUUAAUGCACAUGCUGAGCAUUCAAGCCAAAUGUACUUCCCUUCAUGGAUAUAUGACAAAUUUGACCAAGGAGAGAACCUGGAAAUUGAAGAUGCAACUGAAGAUGAAAACAGAACUGCAAGAAAAUUAAUUUUGAUUGCAUUGUGGUGUAUACAGAUGACGCCAGAUGAUCGGCCGUCAAUGAGAGAAGUUGUGGAAAUGCUACAAGGUGAUCUCACAGCCUUGCAGUUGCCACCAAAACCUCUGUUUUAUCCUCCGGAUUCCCCUCGGCGGUGCAGAGCAAUAGCUAUAGUAGUACUUGCGAAGAGUCAACAGGGCCCCUAUGUGAGUCUCUAUCUCUUGAAGAAACAGAGUAAAAUGAUCUAA